ACCUGAAGAAGUUUAUGGAGUAUGUACAGCAGAGGAACAUCGAAAAGGUGUCCAAGUUCCUGGAGAAAGGUCUGGACCCCAACUUCCACGACCCUGAAUCGGGAGAAUGUCCUCUGACCAUGGCGUCUCAGCUGGAGGGCUGUGCAGACCUCAUCAAGGUGCUGAAGAGUGGAGGAGCUCACCUGGACUUCAGGACCCGAGACGGCAUCACUGCACUGCAUAAGGCUGUCCGCACCAAGAACCAUACAGCCCUCAUAACGUUGCUGGACCUGGGUGCGUCUCCUGACUAUAAGGACAGUCGGGGGUUAAGUCCGCUCUAUCACAGCUCUAUGGUAGGAGGAGACCCCUACUGCUGUGAACUUCUGCUCCACGACCACGCUCAGGUGGGCUGUGUGGACGAGAACGGUUGGCAGGAGACACACCAGGCAUGCCGUCAUGGUCAUGUUCAGCACUUGGAGCACCUGCUGUUUUACGGAGCCGACAUGACUGCUCAGAACGCCUCUGGAAACACCGCCCUUCACGUCUGUGCCCUCUACAACCAGGAUAGCUGUACCAGAGUUCUACUGUUUCGGGGAGUGAAUAAAGAGAUCAAGAACUACAACAGCCAGACAGCCUUUCAGGUGGCCAUUAUAGCAGGAAACUUUGAUCUGGCUGAAAUCAUCAAGAUCCACAAAGUGUCAGACGUUGUGCCUUUCAGGGAGACCCCAUCCUACACCAGCCGUAGACGUGUGUUGGUGGGAGGACUGCCCUCGCCCCGCUCCCUGCUGCGCUCCGCUAGCGACAACAACCUCAACGGGGACAGCAGUCAAGGUCUGGGUCAAGGUCUGGGGCAGGGUCACGGUCGACAGGGUCAGUCUCCUGUCCCCUCUCUGAGAAGCCUCCCUGCACUGGGACAACACCAACAACAUGCCAGCCUGGGGGAGACUCGUCAUGGAGAGAUGCCAGACAGCAGUCUCCAGAGCACAGGCAGCUCUCGCUCCUCCCACUCCCGCUCUCCCUCGCUACACAGUCAUCUGCAUGAGGGCGAUCAGGGCAUCAGGAAGACACACGGACACCCUCUAGGACAUGUCCCUCGAGGACGGCUCAGCCCGGGUACGGUGCAACGGGACCCCAGUCCCCCCACCCACACCCCUCCUGCCAUUGCCGGUGCCAGCGGGCCCAAGCGGAAACUCUACAGCGCCGUACCGGGACGUACCUUCAUCGUGGUCAAACCGUACACGCCACAGGGCGAGGGAGAGAUCCAGCUGAACCGUGGAGAGAGAGUGAAAGUGUUGAGUAUAGGAGAAGGAGGUUUCUGGGAGGGCACGGUCAAAGGGAGAACAGGCUGGUUCCCUGCCGACUGUGUGGAAGAGGUUCAGAUGAGACAGUAUGACCCUCGGCUAGAGACAAGAGAGGACCGCACCAAGAGACUGUUCAGACACUACACUGUGGGAUCUUACGACAACGUCACCUCAUACAGUGAUUACAUCAUAGAGGAGAAGAAUGCUAUGCUGCAGAAGAAAGAAAACGAAGGCUUCGGCUUCGUCCUGCGGGGAGCCAAAGCUGAGACGCCUAUUGAGGAGUUCACCCCAACACCUGCAUUCCCUGCCCUCCAGUACCUGGAGUCUGUCGACGUGGAGGGAGUGGCCUGGAGGGCUGGGCUUAGGACAGGAGACUUCCUCAUAGAGGUGCACGGAGUGAACGUGGUGAAGGUGGGCCAUAAGCAGGUGGUGUCUCUGAUCAGACAGGGGGGCAACAGUUUGCUGAUGAAGGUGGUUUCUGUCACACGCAAACCUGAGUCUGAGGAGGUGGUCCGCAAGAAAGGUGAGCAGCAUGUCCCUCAUCAAGUUGCUAUGAGUCAGAUAUAA